AUGGAAGAUCUCUCGCAGCCACACGCACCAUCAUCGGACAAGGGAAAGGAGAAGGAGGGAAAGGGACGUACUGAGCCGGCGAAGACAGAGCCCCAGAAGCGCGUCCCCCGACAGAGCCAAGUCCAGGCCCAAGUCGAUCCGUGGAACGUCCUCGCCAAGGCCCUGAAUGCCCCAGUAACUCUGCCAGUGGGCGAGAUCUUCGGCAUUUCGAAAGAAAUGUCAGCUCACCUGCAGGAAGUGUUGAAGCCAAAAGCACCCCCGAAGAAUAUCGUUGCGGCUGCAUUUGGUCCUCGAUCGAAAGGGGCCCUCAUCUACCUUCGAAUGGAAGUGGACGAGAGGCCCGUCACUGCCAUCAUCGACACCGGAUCUCAGCUCAAUAUCGCUAGUCGCAAACUAUGGAAGACGCACCUCAAUCGACCGAUGGACAUCGCCCGCUUGUGUCAGAUGAAUGACGCGAAUGGGGGGGCCGGAGCCCUCCGUGGACUGGUCGAGAACGUGCCCUUGACGUGCGGAAACGUCCGCACGAUUGCCAACCUGUACAUCGGUGAGCGCGUCCCAUUCGACUUGCUGCUCGGACGUCCCUGGCAGCGAGGAAACUACGUCAGCAUCGACAAACGAGCAGACGGAACGUACCUCAUGUUCAAGAACCAGGACCUCGAGACGCAGCAUGAGAUCCUCGUCACACCGGACGGAUACGACCCGGCUUGGUCAUACGAGCCAGCGGUGUGGUACGCCGAGGACGGCGCGAGGACGGACGACCCCGGUCUUGCGUUAGCACCCUCGAAAGUGCUCUCCUGCACUAGUGCAAGGACCCCGACCUACGCUGAAGAAUGGUUAGCGGGUAAACGGCUGGGAGUGGACAUACUGUACGAUGACCUACCGUCCAGAUGGAUCGGCCAUGCAAGGAUGUUCCAGCACCCCAAUACACUAGCUGCACCCUCGGAGACUCCCCCGGAACGACUGAAUGUUCCCCGGAAUGCACUAGUGGGCCAGGGCAUGCCAACGAAGGGGUCCACCGUGGAACCUAGGACAAAAGCAUCGUUAGGAGGUGAUAGGAAGGGCGGCGACGUACCGAAGUCUUGGAGCCCGACGGCAACCCCGGGAAUUGGCCCGACACCCUCGAUUGAACGGCUGGGUGCGAGCGUGACACAGGCCGACCAGGACAAGCCACCUAGUCAGGUGAACGAAGCCGGACGAGACCGCGAGAUACGUGCCGUGACGCGUCUACCUCAGGGGUUCACGCAGUCAGUACGCGACGCGCAUCGGAAUGAGCAAGCAACGAGCGAGACGCACCCGUGUGGAGGUCGCAUCCACCAGUGUGCACCGUGCCCUACAACGCGCCUCCGAGCUCACAGACAAGGCGCGUCCGCGAACGUACCUACGCGCAUUCCCGCCGCCACUCAACACGACGAAACGGAGGAUGGAACGUUAGUGGGAGCCAAGAAACGUGACCGCGACGCACCGAAUCAACAGAACGUAGUGGCCACCCUAGAAGCUAACAUUGCGCCCUCAAGCGAACGCACUGUACGCCUCGCCGACGGCAGCUUUGCGGCACAACCUAGAGAGAAGAGGAGCAUAGGAGAAGAUAAGCAAGCCGGCGACUUACCUGACCUCAAAGAUGCAGCACCACAACUGCACGGGACUACGGACAUGCUCGCGCCGCUGAUAUCGCUCCCGUUCGGAAUGGAACGACCUGCGAAAGACGCGUUAGCAAGCCGACCAACGACCGGCACUCACCAAAUCAACAGAAACAGCGAGGCGAUCUACGCACCUAGUUCCACGCCCUCAAACUCGCAAAGCACCCGUCCCGACCCUAUCGAACGUUCUGCGCACGAUCCGCCGCUCCACCAAGGCCCCGCCGAUGUAUUGAAGCGCGUAUUUGACGAGUUGGUCACGCUAGCCCGAGAAGGGAUAGAUCCAGAGGACGAGACAGGAGUGGGAGGGCGUGACCGGAAGAAAGCAAGGCGCGUCAAUAUUGCAGUUGAUAGGGACCCGAGGCAGUCAGUGGCACUCAGAAAGAAGAAGACGCGAGCAGAGCAGCGUAGGAAACAGCAAAGCAGGGAGAGGUUGAGAAGCAGAGCCGGCGAAUUAGCCAGGAAACGAGCGAGACGACCACAGACGGAAGUGCCGGCGGGAACGCGCGUUUCCGACCGUGCGGAACCGUGCAAUCGAGACCCGGACUUAACGGAGUCCACUCGCCCGGGUCACACCACAUCCAAUUGCGAUCGGGCGCCCGAUCCACUAGUAACGUGCGUCGCUCGCUCUCGUGCCACGUCCACUACGCCCGCCGACUCCACCACCCCCGGCUCCGGUCAUGAGGGCCACUCCCUCGACCUGUCAAGCGCACGCACCACCAAGAUCGGACGAGGAAGGAUAGCAGGGGAAGCGGGAGUUAGGCAGGGGAGCAGGGAUGCAGGUGAGUACACCUGCUGGCCGUAUAAAGAACUCGGGCCACGUACCUUGGACGACCCAUCCCCCGCCUCUGGACGGAUCCACUCGCCCGCCAUGCCGCCUCAGCGUCGCGGACUUCUCGCCAGAUACUCGGCGGCCCCGGUCCUCGUUCAGCCGUCCCCCAUCCGCUCGGUUCUCUCAGUGCCGCCCGACCUGCCGCGCGGGUACCUCCCGCCGCGGGACAUCGAACGCAUUGUGGACUUCGACAACCACCACGGCCGUGGGCCUAGCGCUGGCUCGAUGGUCCUCUCGUCCUCGAACUGCACCAUCCAACGCGCCUACAAUGAAACCGACGGGGCCCAACGAUUGGUCUUCCACUGCCAGAACGGAGCCCUCGCAUUCCAGCACGCGAACCAACGCAGCACGGGUGUCGCAAGCUUCACCGGGACCGUCUACGGGGGGAGCCGCGUCGACCGCGCUGAUGAGCCCUUAGCUCACCUACCCACCGAAAACGCCAUUUACGGUCAAUACAACAGCACACUAAGUCAGAACGGUCGACGCACUGUCCGUCCGUUCGAGGGAACCGCCCGAUGUUCGAAGCUCAAGCGUCAAUGUUCGGAACCCUUAGUGGCAGAGGCGAGCGGUUUAGAAGUGUCGCUACAUUGGUAG